UUUCAUUGUUUUCUGUUUCAGGCUUUUGCUAAACAAGUUAUCAAGAAACUAGUACCUAUGUUUGAUAGGGUAUUAGUUUUACGUGCAGAUGCAGUAACCAAGACCACGGGAGGAAUAUUAAUACCAGAAAAAUCACAAGGAAAAGUUCUUCAUGGAACUGUUAUCGCUGUUGGCCCAGGAGCUAGAAAUAAUAAUGGAGAGCUCGUCCCCACCCAAAUCAAAGUAGGAGACCAAGUGCUGUUACCGGAAUAUGGUGGUACCAAGGUCGAGUUGGAGGAGAAUAAAGAAUACCAUUUAUUUAGAGAAUCAGAUAUUCUAGCCAAACUAGAAGUAUGAACAAUGCGUACCAUGAGUUUUGUGUAAUAUAUUUGUAGAGACAUUUCCAUUCAUAUUGUUAUAAGAAAUGAUCGUCAAAAACAUUCAUCUGUAGUUGAUAACUUUCAUUCAAAGAAUGUCGUCGUUGAUCUUUCUGUUUGUUGAUUCGAAUGCAAAUCAAUAUGUUAUUGGUUCCUGAACUGAUUUUUUACGUUUGUUAUUAGUUGGUGCAGUCUCAAAUUCUAAUAAAAGUAACUAAUUAUGUA